UCUUAUCAAUGAAUGAUGACGUUUCCGAUCUCGGUAGCCAUAUUGAACAUAUCAGCUGUUAGACGUGACAGUUUGAGAAUGUGGAAAGUCAGAGAAAUAGCUGAUAAAGUCACCAAUGUUGUAAUGAACUACACAGAAAUCGAAGCCAAAGUAAGAGAAGCAACUAAUGACGAUGCCUGGGGCCCUACAGGUGCACUCAUGCAGGAGGUUGCACAAGGAACAUUCACAUAUGAACAUUUUCCUGAAGUUAUGACAAUGCUUUGGAAGAGAAUGUUGCAAGAUAAUAAAAAGAAUUGGAGAAGGACCUACAAGUCACUGCUACUGCUGAAUUACUUGGUGCGCAAUGGUUCUGAGCGUGUUGUGACUUCAGCAAGGGAACACAUCUAUGAUCUUCGUAGUCUUGAGAAUUAUACUUAUGUUGAUGAAUAUGGGAAAGAUCAGGGAAUAAAUGUAAGGCACAAAGUUCAUGAACUGAUAGACUUCAUUCAAGAUGAUGAUAAGCUUAGAGAAGAAAGAAAGAAAGCAAAGAAGAACAAAGAUAAAUAUGUUGGGAUGUCAAGUGAUGCAAUGGGCAUGAGAUUUGGUGGCAAUAGUGGAUGGGAUGACACUCCUCGUUGGAAAAAGGAUGAAUUUGGUGAUUGGGAUCCAGAUAAAGGGGGAGGAAUUUCUCGGGGAAACAACAGACAUGGGAACAGGAAUUUUGAGGACAUGGGAAACAACAGUGAUGAUGGAGAUCGCUAUGACUCUGAGAAUGAAGGAGGCUCACAUACAAGAAGAGGCCGUGAGUAUAAGGAUAAGGACAGUGAUAGUUUAGAUUCUGCAGAGAAAAGGGAACAUAGCAGUAAACCCAGUACUCCAGCAAGAACAAAACCCACUACAAGUGUCAAGAAGAUAGAUCUAGGGGCUGCUGCACACUAUGGCAGAGGUUCAAAUUCAUUGAACAGCAGUCCUGUGAAGUCAAAUUCCAAUGUAACUCAGCAGGAUGGCAGCAAGGCACAAGGUGAUCUUCUUAAUGAUAUACUGGGAGGAAAUAUAACACCAGGUCUUGGCGAUGAAGAUGACUUCAAUCCUCGAGCAUCAGAAAAUUCUCAUGCUUCACCUGGAGGAGAGUUUGGAGAUUUCACCAGUGCUUUUGGAAAAUCUGCAUCAAGUAAAACUAGUGGUGUGAAUGAUGAGUUUGCAGAUUUUAGCAGUGCAUUCAGUGAAGGUGUUACUGUGUCUUCCAAUACUGUUGGCAGCAGUAAUCAGCAGUUCAACUCUGGCACCAUAGGCAGCACAGCUUCAAUACCAAGCAGUAAUGGAAUUUUUGGUAUUAGUCAGUCUGAUACAGAUUUACUUUCUGAUCUUGGAGGUGUCUUCACGUCAGUUCAACCAGCAGCGUUAGCAAACAACACUGCUCAUUCAGCCAUAUUGCUUACUACCAAUCAUAAUCUUAAUCCACUAGAAGCGACCUUCACCUCACCAGGUAUGCCACUUGAGCCAGCCCCAGGGCAGCUUCAUCAACCCACCACAGUGCCUUCCAGUGAACAGGAAAAACUCCAGAUUGGCAGUACGUGGACCAACUCUGGCAGUCUGAAUAUUGAUGUAGACAAUCUAAGCAUAUCUGGUUUCCGAGGAACAUCCAGAUCUGGUGUGUCAGCUCCUUCCAUGAAUCAGCUGGCUGUGAGCAGUCCUACAUCUCCCCUGCACCCUCAGCAAACUAAUAAUUGGCUCCCAGUUGUCUCUCCUGGAAUGGGCAGUAUUGGGGUGGGCAUAUCACCUUCCUGGCCUCACCAGCAUUCCAUGAAUAUUCCACAGCAACAGCCACAUCAGAAUCAAGCAUUCUUCCAAGCAUUUAAAUGAGGGUAACUUUUGUUAUUAGCUAAGAGAAUUUUAUUUGUGGGAACAAAAUAUUACAUCUUGUACAGCAUCUUGUAACAACAGAACCAAAAGCCAGACUUGUCAGAUAUUCAUUCCAGCUUCCAAUUUUCUUAAUUUGGGGUAUAUUGUAAAUAUCUGAAUAAGACAGGCCACUAUUUACAAUAUCACUGUGAGAACCCAGUUAAAGUUUAAACACAGGCUAAUGUUAAAGCCACAGCACUUAAACAUGUGUAUCAUAAUAAUAAAGUACUUGCAUUAGGAAAUGGUUAACAUCUAACCAAUAUUUACACUUCCUGUCCUUGUAGCUGGCUUUCAUUCAAGCCCAGGCAUUAUUUUAGCUUACGUUUUUAAUCAAAAGUUUACAAUAUUUUAAAACAUUGAGCGAAUUGUAAUUAUAAUUUCAUGUUUCAGUUGCCAGUUUUUUAUUUAUGUUUUAUGUAUGAAUCUUGUCAUCACAGAAAGUGUGAAUGAACAUGUUUUCAUAGCAUUCCCCUCAAGUCAUAAUUACUAAUGAGACAUCUUCCCUCUUCAAGUCAUUAGGAAACUGCAGUUACUUUAUCAUCUGCUUAUUCAGACUAUAUUCCUGUUCCAGAAAUGAAUACUGGAAGAUUAUUAACAUUAACAGACCUGUAUGUUCAUGCUGUACAGAAUUUAAGUAACUGGGUGUUUGUUAUGACAUGGAAUAAUAUCUUUACCCACAGAUCUGUGAACUCAUGGUCUGAAUAGGUUGGUACAUGUUACUUAACAAUAGAAUUGAUUAGUUUGUUGAAAAUAUAGACUAGCUUAAUUUCUACUUCUAUGCUGAAAGAGUUCUGAAUAAUAUCAUAAGAUUAUGUCUAUAGACUGAGGCUGCCAGUUGUGGUAUACAUAUUAGUUAGCCCAAGAAGGGCUGUCAGGAUUCAUAAUUAUCACAAAUUUAAUGGCCCUGAUAUAUUGACUUGAAAGUUAGUAAAUCAUCCAGCCAACCUACAUUUACCGUCUCUGUUAUAGUAUUUGUUCUUGUGAACUUGGAUGUGGGCAACAAGAAAUGCGUAGAUACGAAGAUUACUUGGAAAGAAGUAACUUGAAAGACCGAGCUGAAGGAUGUGAAGGGAAUUUAAGUAACUUAGUAUUAUGGCUUUGGUAUUAGUAGUGUUAAUUGUGGUUGGGUCAUAUCAUCAGUGUUUGUUGAAAAAUGUGUCCUUAUUUUUUAACAUUGAAGAUCAAACAUCCAUGCCAUAGAAGAAUUUUUGUCAGUGCUUUGUGUCACAUAUCCCAGUAAUUGGUGAGCCAGUGAUGUUAUGUUUAGUUCCCAGAAUGUGGUAAGGGUAAUGAAGUGAACAUUAUCUUUAAGAGUGUGCAUUGCAAUACUUUGUUGAUAGUACAGAUGGAAUACAUAACUUUGGUUUUUGGUCAUAUUUACCUCUGUUCUUUGAGGACAAGUUGUAUCCAUGAGCCCUUUCCAUGCUGUUGACAAACUUUGUUCAAUGACUUGCAUGUUUUUGUGAUGAAAGUAAUGUCUUGGAACAAGGUGGUUCAUGUACAGAUAAAUCUAGCGUCAUGUUGUUAUGAACCAUUUUGUUGUGAUAUGUGUCUUUAUAGGAAAAUGGUUAUGGAGUAAGUGCAAGUAAAGAAAUGUAGCAUGGAAAUGGUUAAAAACUAGCAAGAUACACAAAUUUAAACAAAACAAAGGAUAUUACAUUUUUAUAGGGCAGCAGUUACUUUGCAUUCCAUAUCUAAACUUGAAUUAAAAAUUUAUUUAAUUCAUUCCGUGCAUAAACCAGUGAGAAAUGACAGCAUAAUACAUUACAUAAAAGGACUCAGAUUAGUUGUUUUUAAAAUACAUAUUUUUAUUUUAUUUUUAAGCAAUUCAGGAUAAUAUUGGACUGACUGAAUGAAAUUGGCAGGAUUAUUUUUUGUUAGUUUGUUUUAAGGGUAUGUUUGUAUAUUUGCUAUACAUAAAUGAAGCUUGUGUACAUAUAUUCAGGAGAAAGAUUAUGUAUGUACAAGAUGGCCCAUGAUUGUUUUUACAUGUUUGAUGUAUGAUAUUUAGUAGUAUUUCUUAUACAAAACAUUCUUGUUGUCAUGUGACAAGUUGUAACAGUUUCAAACAUGUAAUCACACUCCUGAGGCUCUUGUAUACCACAUACCACUGCUCAUGGUGCUGGGAGAAUAGAUUUUUGUACAGAAUGGUGAAUCAUACAUAAAACAAGGCACAAACUGUAUGUGCGAUUAAUACACGUGUUUAUUGAACAGUAUUGAAAUGGUUACUCAAUGAGGACAGAUAAAACUUGUUUCUAAUGGUAAUAUUCCAUCUGCUGAGGAACUCAGCCUUAACUUGUAUCAUUGUAGCUUUUAAAUUGCAAAUUAACUCUUUCAGUCUGGUUUUCCAUAAACAUUACUCCUCCCAAUCAGAUUUUUAUUAUCAUGUUUAAAAAUCAGUAUGUCUUACUCUUUCUUGUUACAUAAUUAUGUGCAUCUCAUUUGGUAAUUCUCAUAGAUUAAGGUGCAAAUAUUAUAGUAACUGCUGGUUCAUAUUUGAUUUCUUGCACCUCUGAUACAUAAUACAAUUAGAUAUACAAAUACAUUAACUUUAACUGCACAUUACAAUUUUUAUGGUAAAAUAACAUUAAAUAUUCAUACAGACUUUCAACUAAUAGUAUAAAUUGUUAAUUUUUAUAAUGUAUGCCAUAGAACUUUCCUUUAUAACCUUUAUGGUGCAGGACUUAAUUUGCUUGCAUGAUCUCAUCUAACCUAGAAUCACCAAAUUAAAUAUAAACUAAUAAGGAUGAAUCCAUAUUCCUGUAAAACCAAAGUUUCAAAAUAAUAAUACCAAUGGUUUAGUUUAUAUUCCUUCUCUGUUUUGUUGCCACAUUUUUUUAAAAUUUUAAAUAUUGGAAAGUAGGUGGAAUUACGAGCAUGGGUGGUUAUAUGAAAGUGAUGUUGAUAUAAGCAGGGACGUUUUUAAACAUCUUUAGAUAUUUGUCAGAUUUUGGCAGUAUGUGGGACAAAAAUAUUGAAUGACUUUUGCUAAGGAGGGAUGAAAAGAGAUAAAGAAACAGACACAUUCUUUCUUUCCUCCUUUUUCUUUGCCCCCCCCCCCCCCCCCCACGUGUUGGGGUGGGUAUUUGAGUUCCUCAGUUGAAUGGAAUGGAAACCUUUUGUUUGCAUAGUGCUUGAAUUGUUGAAGCAUGCAUUGCACAGGUUUGUAUAGUGGUCUUUAUUUAUUCUUUCUGUACCAUGGUGUUUUGUCAUGAAAUGUUUAGUAAAAAUACCAUCAGCAACACUAUAUUAUGCUGCUAACCACAACUAGAUGCAUUAUAUGAGAUUUGAGGUUCUUGCAGUGAAGAUGGUUGGUCUUCUGGAUAGUAAUGCCGUAUGAACUUGUAGGUAUGUACCAGUCCACAUGGCGUUACUACCCAGAUCUACAUUGACAUCACAUGCACUAUUUAACUUGCUUCAUUUAAGGUCUUUGCAUUGUUGUCAUGUUGUAAGAUGCUGUGAGGGUCUGUCCGUAUUGUAUAUCAUUUGUUUCCUUGCUACUAGUAUGUUCAACUAAGGUUAUGUUUUAUUGAGGAACCCCAUAAUGUAACAUGGUUGUUCACUAUAUAAUUUUAUGCUUUAUGUGCACCAUCCAUAAAUAUCUUCUUUUGUUUAUAUUGUUGCUAGUAAAUACCAUAAUUUACUUAUGAGUGUACAUAUUAUGUGUGUGAUCUCUUUCAAAUAUUUAUAUUACUGUUCCUAUAUCCCAGUCAGUAAAGUGACUGGCUGUGGGCUGGUAUACCAGUGAGUUUAACAUGCUAUUAGCAAAGAAAUGGCAAUAAAUUAUAUAAAACUAAUGAAGGCACCUGUUCUUUAUUCAGAUUUUAUUACAAUGAAGUACUGAAAUUGAUUAUUUAUUGCAACAUUGUUAAGACCACAUACUCCCAUUGAUUUAUCUGUUAUUUUAUUGCUAUGGGACAACAUAGUGAUUGCUUGAUUCAUUAAACUGUUACUAGCUGCUCAAAAAUGCAUGUUUCCUAGGCUACAUAACUAUAGUGAACCUAGACUGCUUCUGCAGUUUUAAAACCAUUUAUGUUUACCUAGGCAAACAGAUGGGAACACACAAAACUUAGUGAACGAAUUUUUUUAAUGUAAACAGACUGUCAUAAGCAUGGUCCUAUAACAUAACAGUAAUGAAACUUUAAAUUUGAGUGACAUACAGUGCAUUUGACGAGGGUUAAUUUUAAUGGUAACAUGUAGUACCCAAAGCAUAUGUGUGUUUGUAGGUGGUAUUUUAAUACAAAUUUGUAUGGUAGAUACUUAAAUGUCAUAAUUUGUUGAUCAAGACCUUUUACAGACUGAAGCUGUGCAUGCCUCAUUAACAUAAAUGUAAUGAAAAAUGAUGCAUUCUGUAAAAACUGGCUGUCUCUUGAGCAGAUGAACAUGUGAGUAUGUAUAUUUCUGUUUGUGGGUGUAACAGAGAUUGUAUACUUUUUUCAUUCCUACUUGGGGAAUAGGUUGUGGGUUUUCAGUUAUAUGGCAUCAGCUGAAACAAAAUAUAAAUGUUGGGAACCAUACUGUUAUUAUGUACAUAUUGACCCCAUAUGUUGUAUAUGUGAAGAUAUUUGUAUUAGAAACAUAAGUAUAUUAAGAUUUACUUUCUUUCAAACAUUGUGCCUUAAUGAAAUUUGGAAAAACAAAAAUUAGGACUCUGCAACUGAUGAAUGUAAUAAACAUGUUUCAGUAAUUUAAUUUAAA